AUGAUGGAGACGGCGGCCACAACAUUUGCCUCCCUUGCGAUCCUAGGUCUAGCGGGAUAUGCGUAUCACCGCUAUUACAAAUAUCUGAUCCUGGAAAAAAUGGAGAAUGCUUUCAAUCCCGGCGAUCCGGCGCUCGAGAUUGCCGGGAUUGAGGAGGGCAAACACAGAUACAACCAUGAAGAGCACUGGGUCAUUCGCGAUGAACAAGCGCGGAUCGACAGAAUCGUGGAAGGCCGCGGAGUGGGACGCUACUACCUGCUGAUUGGGGAGAAGGGUACUGGAAAGACCUCCAUGAUACUUGAAGCGAUGCGCAAGAUCAAUGGAGAGGGAUGCGCAAUGUUUGAGGCGCACGGCGACCUGGAGAUCUUCCGUAUUCGUCUGGGUAAAGCACUGGACUAUGAAUUUCAUGAAGACUACAUUGGAAGUCUCUUUAGCAUCAAGGGGCCGCGGGACACAACUGCUCUCUUGGACAUCGAGCGCGCAUUCAACAAGCUGGAAAAGGUCGCUUUGACGAGACGGCGCACGAAAAAGAGCCCCCUGAUCUUGAUUGUCAAUAGUGCUCACUUGGUCCGAGAUGACCAUGAUGGCCAGGAUCUUCUCGAAGUCAUUCAGCAACGAGCUGAGCAAUGGGCCGCAAGUGGCCUUGUCACCACGAUUCUCAACAGCGAUGAAUACUGGGUCUAUGAACGCCUCAAGCGCUAUGCGACGCGCAUGGAAGUCAUACCUGUCAAGGAUCUACCUAAGGAGCCGGCAAUGGAAGCUCUGAAGAGAUACCGCAAGCAGUAUUUCGGCGAAGAGCUUUCGCCCGAAGACCUAGAGAAGGUUUACAACGCUGUUGGAGGACGGUUGUCCUUCCUGAACCGGGUGGCUAAAGCUCUGGAUUACAAGAAGCUGUGUCAAGAUAUUUGCACAGCCGAGAAGACCUGGUUUCUCAACAAAUGCUGGAUCUUGGGUCCUGAGAUGGACGACGACGUGAUGGACCAGCAGAAAUAUGCGUCCGCCGCCAUGGUAUUGGCUAAGGCACUUGUGGACGAGGAGAAGAAGAUGAAGCAUGUCUACCACCCAGAGCUAGGUCACGUCCUCCCAGAAAUUCCUCUCCACAAAGCCCGGCAGAUCAUGACGAGAGCCGACUUCAUUCAGAGUUAUGAUCAUGAAAAUAUCUUUACAAUCGACUCUCGGGCCAUGGUUCGCGCCGACUCCGUUCCGAUGCAGAAUGCGUUCCGCGAAAUUUGCAGUUGGCCAGGGUUUGAUGAACAUCUAGAAGGCACUUUGACGCGCAUUGCAGACAUCGAGAGUCUCGGGCGUACGCGCGAGUUGACCAUCAAGGACCUAUGGAACCAGGGUAAGUACCAGCUGGUUAUGCGGGAUGGCAAGGGUCGUGAGCAAGGCGUGGCCGAGUUCUCUGUGGUUUCAACCAUGUCCCCGCGCAAGAAAGAAGUGCUGUCCUCGGUGACAGUAACCCAUGAGCCCAGCACUGAUGCGCAGCCCCGCCGCAAGAUGCAGCUGGAGCAGAUUCCAUCUACCGUGCGCUUUGUUCUGGUUGUUGUCAGCAGUCUAGCUCUGAGCUCUAGCCUAUUUACGCUCAUGCCGGUCAUGACCCGGGGUGAGCUGGGCAAUGUGAGCAAGCACCUCGAGACCUGGUGGGAAGUGGGGGGCUUGAUGGUGUGGAAGGCUGUCGAGGUCGGACUGGCCUGGACCCUGGGAUACGACAGCUAUGAUGUCGCCUCCUUUAUCUUCCUCACGCAUCUUCCGACCUACUCGCUUCUUUCCACUUUUUACAGCGUGCGACCGACCACCAUCCUGGGCGCGUACGCAAUCACCGUCUUCUCUACCGUCGUUCCCUUCAUCGUCUUCCGUCGCCCCAACUCCUUCCACAACCUCGCCCACGCGAGCCCGAAGACCAUCUCCAAUCGCCUCAUCCUGCAGGACAGUGCCACGACCGCCUAUACGACCAUGCUUGCGACCGCGAUCUUCACUGUCGCACUCUACCUGAGCUACGCCACCCCUUGGCUGCCCACCAACCUGGUGCUCCACUUCGAGGGCAUUCCCGACAUCUCCGCCGUGCACGCUGGCCCCGCCGGCCUGCCCACUCUCUUCCUGAGCCUGCUUCCCGCUGGCUGGGCGGCGCGCGAUUUCCUGUUUGCCAGCUCGACUGGUGCGUCCGCAGCCAGCACCAAGGAGACCGAGAAGGCGGCCCAGAAACCCGCCACCAAGACUGAGAAGGAUGGCGAGUACCUCGCGCGCGCCGUCUACCGUAAGAUGUGGGGUACACUCUCGCCCAAGACCAAGGUGCUGGUCUCGCGCACCUUUGUACUGGCGGUGGUGAUGCUCGCCAACACGGUCAUCCAGGUGGCCGGUACAGUGAACCGUGUGAGUGUAGAAGGGGCGUCUGCCUGGGGAUUGGUCUGGGCCGCUGCUGCGGUGGUGAACGGAUUGGCGUUCGGAUGGAUCGAGUCGGUGGACGGUGUAUGA